CUGACACAAGUCAUUAUCUCUGGAUUUACUAUUGCCAAAGACAUUAACUACUGAUCACACAUAUUUGACAGAAUCCUGAUAACACUUCUAUAUCUCCAUUGGAUCUGCUGAAGUUAUUUUAUUUGUGUUGAAGGAGCACGACCGGAGGGAUGAGCUUAAGUGCAACAGAUAGCUGUGGAAAGAACUUGCAGUACCGAGUAGAUCAUCUUCUCAGUGCGGUGGAAAAUGAACUUCAAGCUGGCAGUGAGAAGGGGGAUCCCACAGAAAGAGAUCUUAAAGUUUCUCUGGAGGAACAGGAACUGUGGCAGAGAUUCAAGGAGCUCACCAAUGAGAUGAUUGUCACUAAAAAUGGAAGACGAAUGUUUCCUGUGUUGAAAGUGAAUGUUUCAGGCUUGGACCCAAAUGCUAUGUAUACUCUCCUGCUUGAUUUUGUAGCGGCAGACAACCAUCGAUGGAAGUAUGUAAAUGGCGAAUGGGUGCCAGGAGGAAAACCAGAGCCUCAGGCUCCCAGCUGUGUUUAUAUUCACCCUGACUCUCCCAACUUUGGAGCUCACUGGAUGAAAGACUCUGUCUCUUUCAGCAAAGUCAAACUCACCAAUAAAAUGAACAGUGGAGGCCAGAUAAUGUUGAACUCUUUACACAAGUAUGAGCCCAGGAUUCAUAUAGUGAGGGUUGGAGGACCCCAACGGAUGAUUACCAGCCAUUCCUUUCCCGAAACUCAGUUCAUAGCUGUCACAGCUUAUCAGAAUGAAGAGAUUACGGCUCUUAAAAUUAAGCACAACCCAUUUGCAAAGGCAUUUCUUGAUGCUAAAGAAAGGCAUGAUAGCAAAGAUAUUUUGGAAGACGGAUUUGAUAAUCAGCAAGCUUUUUCUCAAUUUGGCAGUUGGCUGAUUCCUGGCACUGGACCACUCUGCACACCAUCUAAUCCUCACUCCCAGUUUGUAGCCCCACUACCUAUUUCUUCUUCCCAUGGCUGUGAUAGAUAUUCUUCUUUGCGAAAUCAUCGGGCAACUCCAUACCCAAGCCCAUAUUCUCACAGAAACAAUUCUCCAACAAACAUAGCAGAUAAUUCAAACACUUGCCUGUCUAUGCUCCAGUCACAUGACAACUGGUCUAGUCUCCAGAUGUCAGCCCAUACAGGAAUGCUACCAAUGACUCACAACAGUGGAUCGUCAAGCAACUCCAGUCAGUAUCCUAAUUUGUGGUCAGUGAGCAACAGCACCAUUACACCAGCGUCUCAGUCUGGAGGAAUUUCUAAUGGCUUAGGAUCUCAGUACUUGAGGGCUUCUCCAGCACACUACCCAUCUUUUUCACAUGGAGUACCUUCACCAUCCUCAGGAUCUCCCUUAUAUGAUCAUGGAGCAACUACAGAAAUCACGGACAACCAAUAUGAAGUCACAAAUCAUUCUAGGUUAUCCUCCCCAUGGACAGCAGUUACACCCAAUUCAAUGUAGGCUAAAGGCUUGUAUGAAACUUUCAAACAAACUAAAUACUGCGGCAUGGACCCAAAUGAAUGAAGAAUUGAGGAAUCCUGGUGCAGAUGCUUGUUACAUAACAGUUUUGUGAGAAUGCUGACAAAAAGCAUAGACCUGAACAAAAGUAUUGUCACUUGACAUUUUAAAUGGCAAUAAGGACGAAGUGUCUAACCAUGGACCUGUAUGCUUACUGUACAUAUACUGUAAAUGUAAAACAAUGAUACUGACAAUCAUAAGUCCAUAUUAGCAGGAUUAAUUAAAAUUUACAUAACAUAAUAUUGAAUUCAGUAAUAAUUACUUAUAUUUUUAUAAAAACAGAAAAAUGCAACAAAUUGCAGUAAAAACUAUUUAUUUUGUUAUGUUGGAAAACAACACUUAAAUUGACAUACAAAACAUGCCCAAUAUUUAUUUAAAGUGUCAAAGCAGAAUGGAAUGUAACCCUGAUGUACUGUAGUAGAGUUCUGAAAAAGAAACCUGUGAUUAAAGGAACGGGCGAGUUGCAAUUGCUGUUCUCUUCUUCCAAAAAGGCUGUUUGCCUGAGAGAUAUACUGAUACAAUGGCUUUAGUACUUUCUUAACCACUGACCCAUAUCUAUGACUUCAAGUUUAUGUCUGGGCAAAAAAAUUCCAAGCAGUGUUGUCAGCCCUGCUAAAUUCUCCUCCGUACUCCCUUGCUAGAUUGCAGAAACCUCUUCUCAUCUCCAUAAAAUACAGUGAAGGUGUUCUGUAGUUUAACUGGUGAAGAACCAGACAUGCACUUUUAGUCAGACUUUACUUUCUGCAUACUUUGUUCGGUCAGUGACUCAGAAAGUAUUAAAACUAGAGAUUUUAAGACUUUUUAAAAAGGAAUCGGUGCAUGAAACCCACAUAUUUUUUCUUAGUACAAAUUUCCUUCAAUGCUGGCAUAAUAAAUGCAUUGCAUUUUUUAUUUUAUGUCUUUUAUAUUUCUAAUUUCUUUCCAUGUUAUUUAGUUAUUUUGAUACUUACAUGGCACUAAGAAUGAGUUCAAAGUUUGUCAAUUUGUCAACUAACUCAAAUU